AUGGACUGUUUAUUAACUUAUAAUUUUACAUGUGUCAAUAGUACAUAUGCUCAAUUCAAUUCAUCAUCAGUUAUUGUUGGAGAUGUAAUCGAUCCAAAUCUAUUAAACAUUGGCGAUAAUUCAAAUAUAGAAUCGAUAACAUCAACAAGUCAUUCGAUAUCAUCACCAAUUCUUGUAUCUGUACAACAUUGUAUUAUAACAGCUAUUAUACUUGGUGCAAUUAUUUUAUCAACAAUAACAGGAAAUAUAUUAGUUAUUGCUGCUGUUAUUUUAGAAAAAAAUCUUCAUUCAGUUGCUUAUUAUCUUUUUGUAUCCUUAGCUGUAGCCGAUUUAAUGGUAGCUACUAUGGUUAUGCCUAUUGCUGUACUGAAAGAAGUGACACGUUCAUGGGUUCUUGGAAAUGUGGUUUGCGAUAUAUGGGUUAUGAUCGAUUUAUUAUGCUGUACUGCAUCAAUACUACAUCUUGUUGCCAUCGCACUCGAUCGUUAUUGGGCUAUUACUAAUUUGGACUAUGCAACAAAACGAACACCUGGUCGAGUUCUUAUUCUUAUAUGUAUUAUAUGGAUGAUUUCCAUUCUUAUUUCAAGCUCUCAUUCAUUCCCUAUAUUUCGUAACAAACAAGGUCGUCUAGCUGGUCAAUGUCAAAUAAUAGGUAAUGUUACUUAUACAAUUAUUUCAACUGUUGGAGCUUUUUAUAUUCCACUUAUUGGUAUGUGUAUUAUUUAUUGGAAAAUUUUUCAAGCAGCUAAAUUUCGUAUUCGACGUAAAGCAUUUAAUACAAAUCAACCUGUUUCACCUAUGUUAAUUCAUGAACAACAUGAAAUGUUAUCAUCAUCACAAACAUCAACACCAAAUCAUCAUAUAGAUAGAUUACAUUCACCAUUUCAUCAUAUAAAAUUUUUAAAACGUAGCCAUUCUAUAAGUCAUCAUCCAAAUGAUAUUGAACCUGAUAAUUUAUCAACAUAUUCACUAUCAACAAAUUAUCAUAAUGAUUAUCAAUUAAAAUCUUUAAAAACAACACCAUUUUGUUUUAUUAAAAAAAAAUAUAAAGAAAAUUUUGAAAAUCAACAUCAUCAUCAUCAUCAUCAAAAAAAUCAUACUAUUCAACAAACACGACCAUUAUUAACAUCAACAUAUCAAAAUGAUUUACCAAUACCAAUUAAUACAAUUAAUAAUCCAUUAUCAACACCAAAUUCUACACCAUCAAGUUCUCCAAAUUUUCAUCAUACACAUAUUGUUAUAACUGAUACAAAUCAUACAUCAAUAGGUAAAUCUCCUUUAGCAUUAUCACGUAAAAAAACUGAUAUUAAACGUGAACGUAAAGCAACAAAAGUUCUUGGUGUUGUUAUGGGUUGUUUUAUAUUAUGUUGGUUACCAUUUUUUAUUGAAGAAACAGUAUGUGGAAUAUUUCAUUUAACAAUAAAUGAAAAAAUAAUUAGUGUUUUAACAUGGUUGGGUUAUUUGAAUAGUAUGUUAAAUCCUGUGAUUUAUACAAUAUUUGCACCUGAUUUUCGACAAGCGUUUGGAAAAAUUUUAUUUGGCAAUUAUAAACAACGAUCAAGAUUAAAAAAAUAA